AUGGAAAAAGAAAUUAUUCCUGUUCCUUCAUCGGCUGAUCUUGCAGAACUAUUUGUUCAAGCUCAUUUGGUUAAACAUAAGGCUUAUGUUCCCUAUUCAAACUUUCGAGUAGGAGCUGCUUUAUUAACAUCAACUGGAAAAAUAUAUUCUGGAUGUAAUAUUGAAAAUGCUUCUUAUGGAUUAGCUACUUGUGCUGAACGAACAGCACUUGUAAAAGCUGUUUCUGAAGGUGAACAUUCAUUUGAAAAAAUUGCUAUUACAUCUGAUGUUGAAACUGGUUUUACUGGUCCAUGUGGUUCAUGUCGACAGACAUUAGCUGAAUUUGGUCUUGAUUUAGAUGUUUAUCUUGUUAAUCCAAAGAAUGAAUCAAAGCAAUAUAAACUUCGUGAAUUAUUACCUAUAGCUUUUACACCACGUGAUCUUCAAAAACCCCGUACAGAUCAUGAUAUUACUGAAUAA